AUGUCUAGGGAAGAAAAACGUUUGAAACAUCGAGAGGUGCAACGUCGUUUUAUGAAACGGAAGAAGGAAAUGUUAUCGGACGUAAAGAAGUCGAUUGGAGCGCUCGAGAAACAAGUGGCUGUUCUUAAGCUUUCAAGUGAACAAAAGAUACUCGAGACAGAAAAUAGGACAUUACAACAAGAAGCAGAUACUCAAAAAGAUGUUUUGGUAGAGCUUUUACGCUCGACGUGCUUGAGAAAAUCUUCAAAACGAAGUGGAGGUGGUAAAGCAGCAACUUCGACCUUUUACGGUGCAGCAGUGGCAAGACAUUGUGUGCCAAACACUUCAUAG